AAAUAAAACGUUUAAAGUACCGUAAAAAUACGUGCAGUUCACAACCAUGGGUAGAUUCGGUCCAUCUCAUAGGAAGAUUCCCGUUCCUAGAAGACACGGGGUGCGGGAUCCGCUGAAACGUCUAGCCGAAAAGGAGGCAGCCAUUAAGGAUAAGAUCAAUAAUCCACCAAAGGAACACGAUGUACAAGAAGUGUCUAACUCGUUCAAGCGCUUCAUACAGCUCAAGGAUAACUCGAAUCGCGAUUCCAACGAUGCCCCACAAGCCAGGGGUCGCGAGCGUCCAAAAAUACGUGUCGGCAGUACGCUGAUACAGAAGCAGAAAAAAGAAACCGAACAAUCGUUCCUUGGGCGUGCCACUGCACUCCAGCAGGAACUUGAAAGCGAGGUCAAGUUUGGGGUAAAGUUUGGCAUCGAAGUAGAGCGCGACGAGCGUACCGGAGCGAUCCACAUUCGUAAGCGGAAAGGAACAGACGUGGAUGAUAUGCUGAAAAAAGAGCUAAAGAAAGCCAAGGGAGGCAAAGGAGCUAAAAAAGUUUCUAAGGCGCACGAUGCAACAAAGGCUCGGAAGCCAACCAUGCACGAAAAGAGGACCCAAAAGAAGCACCAAGCGCUAGAGCGCAAACGUCGCGAGGAAGAUUUGUUACUCCGCGAGUAUCAGUACGAUAAUGUUGCAUUCGGUGAAGUGGUAAACGGGCCGCCUACUCUUAACACCCUGCCACGUCGUGCCGGCAAACAAGAGGGUGGCUUACGGCCGGCUAGCAAGCCACUUCUGCUGCACGCACUGGUGGAUCCAAAGUCAACAGAAAAGGAAGAGCAGGCGUUGCAGCCCGGUAAGCAAAAACCGAAAGGCACAGCCCACCCCGUGAAAAUCGAUCUGAAGGGAAAGCGCAAAAAUCUUCCAUUGGCCACGCGAAUGAAGAUCGAGCGAGACCAGCAGAGUGUCAUCGAAAUGUACAGACAGCUGAAGAAGAAAGUGCCUAAAUAAAA